CCGGGGUGGGUGCUGGGAGCCGCCAUUUUCUCGGCGUGCGCCGGUUCCGAGCGGCUCCGCGGCCGGUGCCGUCAGGACGGGACGUGGCGCGGAAAUCUGAAAGGAGAGCCCUACUUACGAAGAGAUGACAUGUAAAGUCGCAGAUAACUCGGAAGCUUGUGCCACUCCAGACACUGACAGUGACCAGGAAUGGGCACAGGAACACUACCGACUGGGAAGUUUUGUUGCAUUUCCUCUCAGCUGUCCGGUUUCGGCGUCAGCACUGGCACGAGCUGGCUUUGUUUAUACUGGAGAAGGUGACAAAGUGAAGUGCUUCAGUUGCCAUACAACUGUGGAAGGAUGGGCGCCUGGGGAUUCUGCAGUUCAGAGACACAAAAAGCUUUCCCCAAAUUGCAAAUUUAUUACUGAAUCUACUUUUGUGGAAAAUAACAUACAUCCUCUCGCUCAGAACUACCAGCACAGAACUGAAAAUGGUUCCAGCAAUUCAGCCCUCCCGUGUGCUCUGGAUGACACAUCUGAUAUGGAGGCAGAUUACCUUUUGAGAACUAGGCAGGUUGUGGAUAUGUCAGAUACCUUUUAUCCUAAAAUCCCCGCUAUGUGCAGCGAAGAGAUACGAUUAAAGUCUUUCCACAACUGGCCCCUCAAUGGCCAGUUGACACCAAAGGAAUUGGCUAAUGCUGGAUUCUGUUAUACAGGUGUUGGUGAUCAAGUGACAUGUUUUUGUUGUGGUGGAAAACUGAAAAACUGGGAACCUGGUGAUGGAGCUUGGUCAGAACACCAGAGGCAUUUCCCCAAAUGCCUUUUUGUCUUGGGCCGGGAUGUUGGAAAUGUCCCAAGUGAAUCUGUUCCUGCUGAGCUUGGGAGAAGUGGUCUGAACAAUGCACAGCAUCCAAGGAAUCCAUCUAUGGCAAAUUAUGGAAGACGUUUACAAACAUUUUCAACUUGGAUAUAUCCUGUUGACAAGGAGCAGCUUGCUGAAGCUGGGUUCUAUAGCAUAGGUAAUGAUGAUCAUGUUCUGUGUUUCCACUGUGGGGGAGGAUUGCAGGAAUGGAAGGAAAACGAAGACCCAUGGGAUCAGCAUGCCAAAUGGUUUCCUGGGUGCAGAUUUGUGAGAAAGGAAAAGGGGAUAGAAUUUAUAAAUAAUGUUCACUUAAGAGAUGGAUGUAGGGAUUCAACAACAGAAGCUGCUGAAGGGACAAUACAUCCUACAGAUCUCAGCACUGAAGAGAAGUUAAGACGCUUGCAGGAAGAAAAGCUCUGUAAAAUCUGUAUGGCUAAAGACAUAUCAGUCGUCCUCAUUCCCUGUGGCCACCUCGUUGCCUGUAAGGAGUGUGCUGAAGCACUUGACAAAUGCCCUCUGUGUCGUACAAAUAUAAUGAAAAAACAGGAAAUUUUUAUGUAUUAGUGAAAAGCACAGCACUGUGGAUUCAUAUUUUCCUGGGUUAUUUGCUUUAAUUAGGUGUAAUGCAAACAAUGCAGUUAAUUCCAGCCUGUAAUCACAUGGCUGAUUUGAGAAUUUCCUGCUGCCAAACUCUACAGACAUUUUAACAUUUUAAAAAUUGUUUUCCUUAAGUGAAUUUUGAAUAUUGAAAGGCAAAUAUAUAUAUUCUGUAAUUUGAGUUCAUAAACCUAAUUUGGGAAAUCUGAAGUAAUGCAAAGCUGUAUUUAUGUAAUCAUUCCUUUGCUUCGCUGUGGUAGGACUCAGUAUGACUGAAGCUCAUGCAAAUACAGUUGUAUAAAGAGUCUGGCCCUAUGUAACAAUUGUAAAUAAGUGAAUUAAAAUAUUAUUAUAUACACGUGUAUUAUAGCUGAGAUUUUAACUUCUCAAAAAUAUUUUGUAAGAUUGAAAGUUUUUAUUUCUGUAUAACUUUGGUUGUGACAUAAUUCAGAGAAUAUGUGUAAAGCUGCUGCUGCAGUGUGUCACCUUCUGUUCACUACUGCUGCUUUGUGAGUUUGUCUGCUUUGAUAGACAAUUCCUGUCUCCCCAUUUAUUUUUUUGGGGCUUAGUUGUAUAAAUUGGCUAUCUGUUUUUCACAAAAAUCCCUCUAUAUAUAAAUGUACAUCAAUUUCAUUCCUUAAAAGAGAACUCAAGAGAAAUGAAGGAGAUUUUACCUGCUUUGUGCCCUUCGUGAAAGGAGCAGUCUCGUUUUAAUCUUGCCCCUUACACAAAAAAGGCUUCAAUUUUUAAGGACUGUUUUAGUGAGAGCCACCUCAAAAUACUUAAUAAACUAUUUCUUACUGGAUCGAUCCUCAAUUCUCCAGUUAAAAAAAUACCACAGCUUUGUAUUUAAUUCCAGCUGGUUUGCCAUCACUCUACUUAAUUACACGACUUCCUUAUUUUGUGGAGCUACUAAUAUGUUCUGUGUAUGUAUUUUUUAUCUUUGAGUCCUACACUCUAAGAGAUGUAGAAUAUAGGCGAUACAGAAUAUAGUUUUUCACGAUACAAGUUUCACAUUUAAUGUGUACAGAGAUUUAAUGUCUCCUUUUUCUAUUUUUUUACACGAUCACUGUGGUUAUGUGCCGGUGGAAUGUUAUGAAUAUAAAGUGCAACCCAGUUUCUCCUUGAUCAGCAGAUUUGAUUCUCACAUGCAAAAUAUAAUCACAACAGAAUGUUGCUUUCUGUUGCUUUUUGUAAUUCAACUGUUACUAAUUUGAGUGUUUUUAAGGAUAACAUAUAUUUUAAUUGGAGAGGGAAUAAAAUCUAUUGUUUGUAUAAAUUAAAGUUCCUUGAUUAUAAAAUCAAA